UAAUUUAUUUUUCCCAAGGUAUUGUCAACAUUCGAACCCAUUUGAGACCGAUACCAGCUACACCCAUCAUCACUCAACCUGCUCCAGCUCAACAGGUCCAGAUUGCGCCGCAAAUAUUUGUCCCCGAUGUCCCGGCCGGUGGAUCGAAUGCGAUAUCCGACGACGACAUGUGUAUGAAAGCAAUGGACGACUUUGAGGAUAACGAUAUAUUGUGUAUGAAAGUAAUGGACGCAUUUGAGGAUACAGAUUCUUACACCGUUGCCGUCAACGGGAAACGUGUUUCGACCGCCAAUACCACCUCAGCUGCUAACGCUAAAAAAAUUAGAUUGAAUCUCGUCAAGUCACCCGGGUUUGUUGAGAUUUUGUCGUCCGCAAACCGUAAAAUAGUUUGGUAUUAUGCUAAAAAUAUUACUAAUACAAUGAUUUAUUCUGACUUUCUCCGCCCGCUUAUGCCUGAGCUAGUCAAUUUAUUGAAAACCCACGUGAAAAAGCAUGCGAUUAAAUUCAAUUUGAAACUCGAGGCAACAUACAACCGGCCCAACGUACCAAACUC